UCCGGGCCCCCGGCCCCUCAUCCCUGCCCUCCUCCUGCGGACACCUGCCACCGGGCCGGGCCGCGGCGGCGGCGGCGAACACCAUGAUGAUGUCCCUGAGCAGCAAGCAGCCCUUCGGCCUCCCCCACGGCGGCAGCGGCGGCGGCAGUCUCCACGAAACCAAGUACUCGGCCCUACACACCGCCUCGCCCUGCCCCUCCGCCGCCGCCCCCGCCGCCAGCUCCCCCAGCAGCACCGGCACCGGCGGCUCCGCUGGACGCGGCUCCGGCUCCGGCCCUGGCUCCAGUUCCGGCAGCGGCGGCUCCGGCUCGGGCUCGGGCUCCGGCCCCGGCGGCAGCGGCAGCGGCGCGGAGGCGAUGCGGAGGGCCUGCCUGCCCGCCCCUCCGAGCAAUAUAUUCGGCGGUCUGGACGAGAGCCUGCUGGCCCGCGCCGAAGCCCUGGCAGCGGUGGACAUCGUCUCCCCGAGCAAGAGCCACCACCACCACCCACCGCACCACAGCCCCUUCAAGCCGGACGCCACCUAUCACACCAUGAACACCAUCCCCUGCACCUCGGCCGCCUCCUCCUCCUCAGUGCCAAUCUCCCACCCGUCUGCCCUUUCGGGUACCCACCACCACCAUCACCAUCACCACCACCACCACCAUCAGCCCCACCAGGCGCUGGAAGGGGAACUCUUGGAGCACCUGACGCCGGGGCUGGCGCUGGGGGCUAUGGCGGCCCCCGACGGCGCCGUGGUCUCCACGCCGGGCCACGCUCCGCACAUGGCCGGCAUGAACCCCAUGCACCCGGCAGCGCUCGGCAUGGCCCACGCCCACGGGCUGCCAGCCCACAUGGGCUGCAUGAGCGAUGUGGACGCCGACCCCCGCGACUUGGAGGCCUUCGCCGAGCGCUUCAAGCAGCGCCGCAUCAAGCUGGGGGUGACCCAGGCAGACGUGGGCUCGGCGCUGGCCAACCUGAAAAUCCCGGGGGUGGGGUCCCUCAGCCAGAGCACCAUCUGCCGCUUCGAGUCCCUCACCCUCUCCCACAACAACAUGAUCGCCCUCAAGCCCAUCUUGCAGGCCUGGCUGGAGGAGGCCGAGAAGUCCCAUCGCGAAAAGCUGGCCAAACCCGAGCUCUUCAGCGGUGCGGAGAAGAAGCGCAAGAGGACCUCCAUCGCCGCUCCCGAGAAGCGCUCGCUGGAGGCCUACUUCGCCCUCCAGCCCCGGCCCUCCUCCGAGAAGAUCGCGGCCAUCGCCGAGAAGCUGGACCUCAAGAAGAACGUGGUCCGCGUUUGGUUCUGCAACCAGCGCCAGAAGCAGAAGCGCAUGAAGUACUCGGCUGGCAUCUGAGGACACCCAACUGCACCAUCAUCGUUUAAAAGCAAACAAACAAACCCAACAACAACCACAAAGGAAAAAAACAACAACCAACCACCCCACCCCACCGCCCCCCGUCCACCCCAACCGCUCAACUUUCGGGGGGAGCUUCCCCGCGGAGCCACCGCCCAGACCCGCCCCGGCAAGUACUGCUGGUUUUUAUUCUUAACAGACCUGGCCUGGGUGCAAAAGGGCCAAAAAUAUUCUCAGCUCAGUGGUCAUGGUGUUUUCGGGACCCAAACUUGAAUUUAGAGUUGAGGCUUGCGCCGCGAGAGACGUCUCAAAACUAUUUUGAUUUAAAUAAUAAUAAUAAUAAUGAUGAUGAUGAUAAUGAUUAAAAAAGAGACACAGAGGGCAGGUUUUUCUGCAUUUACACUGCGUAUUAUAAAUAUAUAAAUAUAUAUAUAUUUUUACUGUGGUUAUUAUCCUUUUUCUGUCUCUGAAGUUCUAACGCUUAGGGAAAGAGCUGAUCCUGCUGUGUUCACUUGGUCUUCAAAAGCUAUUAUUAGAUUACUGCCAAACAACCCCUUGUAAAUUAUUAAUUUAUCUCUCUAGCAACUUCAUUUUGUGCUCAUUCUAAUUAAUUACACCUCCUUAAUCUAAGUCUUGAUAAAAGUGAAGAAAAAAAAAAAGAAAAAAAAAAAGGAUAGUGAGAAUCAAAUAUUUUGUCUUGGUAGGAUUUAUGAACGUGAGCUUUUCUCUUCUUCUGAACGUCCCUUUUGGCCAUCUGUAAAUUGUCACUUGAAGCUAAGGUAUUUCUCUGGCGAGUAUUUUUGAUUCGUACGGCGUCGGCACCCUGUAGUAGAUGUCCUACAUGAUUUGUGUAGCCUGAUUCACUGUCCGAGGUAUUUGUUUACCGCGUUACAUAUUUAAUGGGGAUUCCCAUAUUGUCCCCAGCACACAUUGCGCCCGAAGAGAGAAAGGAUGUGGCCGCGUAGGUGACAGCGUUUGGGAGGGUGUUGGGGUGGGGGGGGGUGUCGCUUCGGGUUUCUUGCCAGCACAAUAUAAUUUUUUUUCUCGAUUUCAAAUCUGUAUCGCGACGGUAUUCAGACCAGCUCGGUUAUUUAUCUAUCUAUCCGGUUGCUUAUUAUUUAUUUAUUUAUUUAUUUGCUCGGUUAUUUACUACCUUUACCUGCAAUACUUUUCCAGGACGGAAAGUAUUUAUUUAUUUUUUAAAAUGUCUGUCGAAAAGCUAAAUUCCGAGUUGUAGGAAAGGGAGCGAGCAAGAGAGACUGUGCUGCUUGUACAUUCUACAAACGGUUCGGUCCCUUCCUGGUGGAACAACAACAAAAAGAGGGUGCUCGGUUGGGAACCUGCAUGGACUGUAAAUAUUUCACUGGCGUUGAUAUAUCUAUAUCACAUAUAGAUAUAUUCGUACAGAACCCUCUCUAUCGCUGUCCCAGCCCAGACUUAAGUUCUGUACAUGACCCGAUUUCGUUGCUUUGGGUUCUGGUUUGGUUCGGUUUGUUGUUUUUGUUUCUUUUCCCCUGGUUGAUAGGAGGUUUAUUUAUUCUAGUAAUGUACUAAGUUAUUUUUAAAUGU